GUGUCUCUACUACUCUUUUAUUUAUACAGAGUUUUGUCAGCGAUAGCUCACUGUCUACUUUGAACAUGACCAUCAUCUCUCUGCUCCUGCUGGCCUCUCUGCUGCCACACCUGACUUCCACUGCUCAUGUGGAUGUGGGUAUAGUGAACGGCACAGAAGCAAAACCCCACUCCAGACCUUACAUGGUUUCUCUUCAGAAGGGCUGUAAACAUGUCUGUGGUGGAUUCCUCAUUUCUGAUAGAUUUGUCAUGACUGCUGCACAUUGCAUGAGAAACUUUCUUACACAGAAAUGGGAACUAACAGCUGUGGUUGGCAUGCAUGACUUAAAAAAAAGAAGGAGGGGUUCUGACCGCAUCAGAGUGAAGUCUUACCACGAGCAUCCAGACUUUAACCACAUUUCCAACGAUUUCCAGAAUGACAUUAUGCUUUUGAGGCUAGAGAAAGAAGUCAAACAAAACAAGAAUGUCAAGAUAAUUUCCAUACCAACACAAGAGGGAGACAUCAAACCUGAUUCUGUCUGCAGUGUCGCCGGCUGGGGAAGACUGAGUCUUAAAGGGAAAAAUAGCACACGUCUCAUGGAAGCAGAUGUGAAGAUCAUGAAUAACACAGAAUGCAAAAAUAAAUGGAAAGAAAACUACUCAGCCUCAGAGAUGAUGUGUGUCUAUGGCCAUGGAGGAAGCUGUAGUGGAGAUUCUGGAGGUCCUUUGGUUUGUGGAGACACUGCAGUCGGCAUCACUUCCUUUGGUGGUGGAAAAGCCUGCAAUAGUCAUAAACGGCCUGAAGUUUAUACAAAGAUUUCAGCAUAUCUUCCAUGGAUCCAGUCCAUAAUUGCAAAUGUUAAGUAAUUUUUGCGAUGAGAAAGGAUUAAGUAUUUGUUUAAAUGUUCAAUAAACAAAUUGUGUGUCAAGCAUCAA